CGAAACUGAACUAAACUAAACUAACCCCUCUUUCUCUUCCCUUUUUUUUCUGUUCCUGUUAACCAUUGCAAUGGCAGAGGAGGAACACGAACAGCGAGAGCGAGAGGAGAAGAAGGUGUUGUGUUCGUACAUAGGCUUAAGCUUCUCGGUGUUCCUUGCACUGUUACCGAAGACUCAGCUGCGUGAGCUGUCGCUGAAGCUGUUUCGUGCUGAGGAGGAGCUGAGGCAAAUGAAGUCAAGGAGGCAAGAAGAUUCGAAGGCGAAUGCGAGGGUGGUUGAGAUCUUCGCCUCCCAUCGGAACGCCUGGCAGGCGGAGGAGAAGCGGUUGCUGCAGCAGAUCGACGCGGCGGCGGAGGAGAUCACGCGCUUGAGGGGGAAGAUGGAGGAGUCGAAGGCGCGUGUGGAUGAGUUGGAGAGGGAAGUGGCGGAGAGGGAUGACAUGAUAAGCUUCAUGUCAAGGAGGAUUGAGGAGGAGGGAUUGGGUGCUUGCCAGAGCAGGGAGUACUACGGUGUGCCCGGGAAGAAGAGUAGUGAGUGGUUUCAGAAAGAGGAGGAAGAGGAAGAGUGCAUGGUGGGGACCGCUAGGAAUGUGGAGGUUAUCUAUGAACAUCAACAUCAACACACUCACCAGCUUGGUAAUGAGUUUGAUUCAGAGUUUAUGGCUUCUGCUUCCAAGUUCUGGGCUGAAAAAGCCUCCCUUUGGCAGGAUGUACAGUAUGAAUCCCUUGAAUCAAUGUAUAAUACAAAACAUUUUGUGGCAAGAAGGGAGUCCCCAUGGAAGGUAGAUGGUGAUUCGGCAGGAGUUUCCUCUAAACUUAAAUCACUUGAACAAGAAUUAUUAAAUCUGGAGAAGAUUGGUAAAGGUGAUCCAUCCAAGGUGUCAUCCUUAAUUAAGAAGCAGGCAAAGAUAUAUCAAACGCUUUCAGAAAAAAUUGACGAUUUAUGCCGAAGAAUACAGGCUGGUGAUCCCUGUGAACCCUCCCUGAGUUCAGAAUUUAGAACCCAAACUCAAACAGAGUUUUUACUCGAAGCAUUUCGGCUUCAACAGGGUGCAUCUGAAACUGGACAGAAGCUAAUGCCGUUACAAACUGAAAUUGGGAAGAGCAAUUACAGGGAUGAGGUAAGAAGUGAUACCACACUGACCACAAGACGGUCUUUGGACUCCAUUAGAAACAACUUCAAAGAAAUCCAGCGAAAUUUGGAGAUAUGGUUGGCCAGAAUUAUUGGCGAUCUCGAAGGGAUUCUGGCAAGGGAUGGUGCAUCUCGUGUAAGAGAAUAUUAUAUUUCUAGAUAUCCUUUUGUUCAAUAGAAUCUGAAAGACUGGUAGGAAGCCUCACUUCUCAACCCAACGAGUUAUCUCUUUUGGUAUGUAUAUUGUUUCAAUACAUAAAAGUGGUAGUUGUGAUAUCCCUGUGAAAUGAAAUCAUACCACUUAUGCUUAUGUUGGCAUCUUAAAUAUGUUCUUCUUCGCCCCCCAUGAGGACAUCCAUCUUAAAUGCAUUUGUCCAUUUGCAGAUGGAACCACACAAAUGUAACGGCCAAGAAACAAGAAUAAUGGUAAAGAUUCAUCACAUCACUAAUUCCAAAAGAAACACACACGCACACGCACAUCCCCAUAUCCAUUUCUGUUUUCCUAUUUUGUUUGUUUCUCUUGUCUUUCUAUGUUUCUCCUUGGUAUCUCUCUUAAGGAGGAUUCUUAUCAGCGUCUUCAUUGUUCAGUGUUCACUUGUUUUUUACGUUAUAUAAUGUUUUGUCUUUUUAAGAGAACAAUGAAAAGGCUUAGGAUACAGUUACUCAUCAGAUAUAUUGGAUUAAUAUCUGAAACAUCCUCUUGUUAUUUGUGCUUGUAGAAACUUACAUAAAUGAUGAUGAUCAAGGGGUUUUGAUUAGGGUUUUAACAAAUUAAUGACAAGUAAUUUUCCUCUUUCAUUCCAAAUUCAAUUUAACGGAGUUGUUGAAAACUAUGCUACAAAAGGUGGUUGGAUCAGCACACCUUAGUUGAGUUUUUGUUUUAUCUUAUUUUAUUUUUUAUUUUAUACCUGUGUGUCACAUGUAAGAAUUAAUACCGACCAAGGAGAAUUGACCUCCAUGGUCCCAUCUAUACGGAGGAACAUUAUUGCACGGGGUCACCUUAUACAUGGAAAUCGUCGGAUUUUAUUUGUGCUAUAUGUACUAUGUAGACC